GGCCAUAAGGCCGGCCCCGAGGCUGUCGCCAUGGCCAUUGACAGCUUACCUCUCCGAGCAGUGACGGUAUUGCGUCUGAAUAUAUGUCCAGUCGAGUUCGGAGCUUAGCACCUGGCUAUGAGGUUGACUUGGAGUGGCAUCGUGCUGGGCCAGCAGUCUUCCCAAAGGAUGACGACGAGUGGGUGGAUGUUCUGCGGCGGCCGCCCGAGAGCUGGAGCGCCGCCGAGGUGGCGCACUGGGCGCAGCGGCCGCGGGGGCACGGCGGCGGACAGCUGGGAGACCUGCUGGCCAGGAGGCUGUGGGAGAACGCCAUCGACGGCUACCUGCUGCUGCAGCUGACGUCACACACGAAGGCACAGCAGACCGGGGCCAGGGCGGGGUACGGCGGGCAGGCGGGCGCCGGCCGGGGCGGCGCGGCGGCGGCGGCUGUGUCUGAGCUGGUGCACGUGCUGGGCGCCACGGGGGCGGAGGAGCGGGCGGCGCUGGCAGAGGCGGUGGAGGAGCUGCGGUCGCUGCCCUCCCGCAUCGCUUACGGCGAGGUGGUGCUGCCGCCGCCGCGCGAGCUGGUGGAGCAGGCGGCGGCGCAGGCGGCGGGCCGGCGGCCGGGAGGCGCGGGGGCAGGCGGGCCCGGGCCGGGCUUCGGCAAGCGCGGCGGCGGUGGAAGCGGUGCCGGUGGAGGCGGCGGCGGUGCGGCUCAGCUGGGCGCCCGGCAGCAGCACGACCGCUGGACCGGCGCAUGGGCCUCAGGCGGCGGCGGCGGUAGUGGUGGUAGCGGUGGUAAUGGUGGCGCGGCAGGAGCGAAGAAGGGAGGCGCUGGGGCGGGCGCGGGGUCCGGCGCGCCUGGCUCGGGCCGGGGCGUGGGGCUGUCGGUGCGGGAGCGCAUCCUUGACGACGCCCAGAGGCAGGUGGCGGCGGCGGAGGCCAGGCAGGCGGCGGAGGCGGAGGCGGCGGCCGCGAAGGCCAAAGCGGCUAAGUCGGCGAAGGGUGGACAGCCGCCGCCGCCGGGCAACGCGGGCGCUGGGUCCGCUGCAGCUGCUGCCGCGAGGCCGGGCGCGGCUAGGGGCGCCAAGGAUGGGGUUGGGGAGGCGGCAGCGGCCGGAGGCAAGGCGCGGUCCAGCUCGCUGGCGGCCGCUUGGGCCCAGAUGCACCAGAUCCCUGAGGGUGGGGAGGAAGAGGGGGAAGGGGAGGAGGGCGAGGAGGAGGAGGUGCAGCGAAGGGAGGGGCGCCCGCGCGCGGGCGCGGAUGGGGACACAGAGCAGGAGGAUGACAUGUACAGCGACGCGGGCCGGGUCGGCGACCAGAGCAGCCGGGGAGCCGGCCGCAGACGUACGGGUGCGGCGGCAGCAGCAGCAGGAGCGGAGGCAGGAGCGGAGGCGGGGGCGUGGUCUCAGGACGCGGAGGCGGAGGGCAGCGGGGGCGGGGGCGAGGACGCGUGUGCGGGGCGGGGUCGGCCCCGAGUCGAGGAGCGGCGCGUGGUGGCGGAGGUGCGGCGGCUGCAGGGGCUGGUGGCGGCACAUGAAGACGUCGUCAGGCGCAUGCAGGUCCUGCGGCUGGAGGGGCCGGAGGGACUGGCGCGGCGGGAGCGGGCCGCCGCGCGGGCCGCAGCGGCAGUCGAGACAGCCGCGGCGGCGGAGGCGGCCGCCGCCGCGGCAGAGGCGGAGGCUGCGGCGGCGCCGCCUGAGCCGCUGGUGUUGGAGGAGGUGGUGGAGCGGGGGCGGCGGCUGCGGGAGGCGAUGGCGGCGGAUCGGGCGUCCAUUGAUGACCUGACAAAGGUGUCGCUGAGGCGGGGUAUGCGCAACGCCGCUGCCAGGGCGGAGGCGGAGUCCGAUGCCCGCAGCGGCGUCAGCGGCGGCGCCAGUGACAGCGGCAGCGGCGUUGAGAACUUUGCUGGCAGCGGCGGCAAGCGCGUGCUGCGGGGCGGCUGGCGGGAGGUGGGCGACGACGGCAGCGACAUGAGCGAGCACGCCGUACGGCAGAGCCUUUCGACUACCGGCCGGGUGCUGCUGGAGGAGGCGGACAGGCGCGAGGCGGAGGAGGCGAACCGACCAGACCCUUUCGUCUUCGAGGAGGGCGAGGACGAGGCCGCGGGGCGCGGCGGCGACGGCCGGCGGCGGAGCACGCGGGAGCGGGCCGCGGCGGCAGAGGAGCGGCGGCGGCGGCGCGUGGCGCGGGAGGUGCGGGAGCAGCCCUGGGCCAUUCCUGACCUGCGGCGUGCUGAAGCCGGCAGUAGCGGGGAUGAAUAUGAUGGCAGUAGCAGCGACGGCGGCCUCCCAGGUGCGGGGCAGGGACCUGGCGGUGUGUCGGGACCGCGAGCUCGUGGUGCCGGCGGCGGCGCCGCCGCGCCGGCCAGCAUGGGCCCAGUGGAUCGGUUGGUGUUUCUGCGGCGGCAGCAGAUACAUCAGCAGCGGCAGCCGCAGGGGCCGCCGCCGCACCAGCAGCAGCAGCGGCCGGGCUCCGCCCCUACCUCUCACGCCACGCGCACCGCCGCCACGGCUGAGGCCACCGCCGCGGCCGCCAUGGCAGCGGCAGUGGGCCUGGUGUCCAGGCGUAUUGGCAACUAUGCUCCCGGCGACGGCGACGACGACGGCCGCGGUCGCGGUCAUGCCGCGGGGGUGCUGGGUCCGCCGCUUCGGCCGCUGUCGGGGCUGCAGGGCGGGCGGCGGGGGCGGCAGCCGGGCUCGCACGAGGUGCACACGCCGGCGCCGCCCGACCCGCUGCGCACCGCGGAUCUGGAGGCUGUGCGCAAGGUGCUGGCCCGCGGCUCCUCCACACCCGUGCACCACACGCUCAAGAGCAAGCUCGCCGAGGACGCCACCCGCGCCAUGUACGGCAUCGCCCCCGCCGAGACCCUCACAGCCGCAGGCGCCGCCGCGCCGCCCCGCUUCGGCAGCGGCGCGCGCGCGGGCGCCGGCAUGGGCGGCAUCGCCGCCGCUACAGCCGCCGCUGGCGCGGGUGCUACAGCCGUGCCGUUCUUCCCGCCGGCGUCGCUGCUGGUGAACCCGCGGGCGGCGGCGCAUGAGGUGGCGUUGCGGAGGGAGAUGGGGCUGCCGGUGACGGCGGACCUGGCGGCGGCGCGGGUGGUGGCGGCGCCGCAGGCGGCGCGGCGGGUCGUGCGGGAGGUGGUCAAGCCCGAGCCCGAGGCGGUCGUGACGCAGCCGGAGGAGGCGGAGGACGGCACGCUGGUGUUCCAGUCCAAGUUCGGCCUGGCAGUGGUGCCCUCCUCCCACAAAGACCCAGCCGCCGCCACCACCACUACCACCACCACCACAGCCGACGCACCCGCAGGUCAUCAGCGCGUGCGCUUCGUCGACACGACCACGCCCGUGGGCGGCGGCAUCGGCAGCGGUGGUCCCCGGCUGCCCAUGACAUCAGGCGCGGGGGCCUUCCCCCUGUACGGCGCCUUCCCCGUGUCCGGUAACGCCUGGCAAUCAGAUAUGCUGGAUCCAGCCGGAUCCAGCGGCGGCGCCACGCCGGCCCUGGAUCCAGACCUGGCACGCAAGCACGGCGAGGCCUAUGCGGCUGUCGCCGCCGCGGCGGCGGCUGCGCAGGCAACGCUGGCGGCGCCGCUGCCGCGGGGGCGGCUGGCGCCACCGGAGGCGGCGGUCCGAGGCAUCGGCGCCGGCGGGAUGGCGGAGCGCGAGCUGCGACGAGCCAUUGCGGAGCGCGGCGCGGCGGCGGGCGCACUGGCAGCGGCUACCGCCGCCGCAGCGGUGCUGACGGGUGGCGGCGGCGACGCCGCUGACGUGGCGGCGACGGUGGCGAUGGCGGCGGAGCGGUCGACCAGUGCCAGUCGGGGCCGGGGCAUGUGGCGGGUGGGGCCGUCGCUGGAGGGCGAGUGGGGAGACCGGGACCUCAACGCCAGUGUCCGUGCGGCGCUGCGGCUGCUGGACGGCGGCGGCAAGGGGCCGCCCGCGGUGGAUGGCCAGCCCGCCUUCGCCGUCACUGCCCAGGUGGCCGGCACCAGCCCCAGCAGGCGCCGCAGUCGGAGCCGGAGCCGGAGCCGAGGCCGGCACAGCCCUGGUGGCCCCACAGGCCGUACCUCGCAAGCCGUACAGCUGUACCGCUACGGCCCGGACGGGCAGCUGCAGUACACGGGGCGGCGGCCGCGCUUCGACGCCGAGCCGCCGCACCCCUACGUACUGCCGGGCUGGACGCCGGCCGAGAUGGGUGCGCCGCCCCUCACCAAGGCGCAGGCCGAGCGGCUGGCGGGGGCGGUGUCGGGCGGCGCCGACGGCCGCCCCCACCGCGGCAACAGCGAGCUGCACUGGGCGGCGUCACGCGGGGACGUGGAGCGAGUGAUGGAGCUAAUACGGGAGGCAGGCCCGGACCCCGAGGCCCGCUGGCGGCUGGUAAACGCGCGCAACGCCGCCGGCGAGAGCCCGCUGCACCGUGCCGCUGCCGCCGCCGCCCCCCGCGCCGCCGCCGCCAUGUCGCAGCUGCUGGCGGCGGGCGCUGACGUGGACGCACGCGACAUCAACGGCGCCACACCCCUGCUGGCGGUGAUCACAGCGGGCUGCUGGCUGGUCGAGGGCGACCGGCGCCUGGAGCUGCUGCUGCAGUGGGGGGCGGCCGUGGACAUGUGUGACGUGGCGGGAGAAAGCAUACUGCACAAGGCCAUCAUUCACAACAUCUGCAGCGGCCACGACAAAGACGACCCAGCCGCAGACGAGGCCACACGCCGCCGCACCGAGGGACGCUGCCGACCCGUGGGCGGCCUCGCCGCGCUGCUGAAGCUGCUACUGCCACUUGCGCGGCCACACCCGCCGCUACAGCGGCCGGGCGUCGCCACCGGUCCCUUCGUGACGGAUGCGGAGGCGGCGGCGUGGGCGCGGCGGGUGCCGUCCGGCGCGCCGGGCAGCAUUGUCGGCGCCGCGGCGGCUGGAUUGCGUGUGGCGCCGCCGGCAGCGGCUGCUGCCGCUGGUGGAGGAGGUGGAGUAGGAGGAGGCGGUGUACGCGCCUCAUUGGGUGGCAGUGGACAAGGAAUAGUGGCAGGUGCAGGCGCAAGCGCGGACUUCGCCACAGCGCACCCGUUGGCUGCGGCGGCCGGCGCCGGCACCGCCGGAGCGCUGGUGGCGACGGUGGUGGCGGCGGCGGCGCGUGCGCCGGCGGCGCAGCCGGCAGCGCAGCCGCGGGCGGGUCGGGGCCCGGGGCUGUUGGAUGUGGACGCUCGGGACGGGCGGGGUCGUACGGCGCUGCACGUGGCGUGCUGCCGGCCGCACGCACACGGGCCUGGCAUGGAGGCGUGCUGCGUGGAGCUGCUGCUGGCGGCAGGCGCCGACCCCAACGCACUGGAUGACGCCGGCCGCCGGCCGCUGCACUGGGUGCUGUCGGAGGCGGCGGCGGCGGCCCGGCUGCGUCAGGCCAACACCAUCAACCACACGAAGAUUGCCACCAGCAAGCCCAAGCAGCCGCCGGCAGCUCUGUGCUGGGUGGCUGAGCAGCUGCUGAGAGCAGGCGCCGACCCAAACGCACCCGAGGGCGGCACCGGCGCCGGCCCCAAUGCAGGUGGCGGUGCAGGUGGUGCCGGUGUUGGUGCCGGAGGUGGUGCCGGCAUUGGCCGAGGCGGUGGCGGCGGCCCCGGUGGCGACCCUGGUGGUGGUGGCAGCAGUGGUGGUGGUGCCGGCAGUGGUGGCGGUGGCGGCUACACGCCGCUGCACCUGGCUGCCCUGGCUCGCUCCGGCCCACUGCUGCGGCUGCUGCUGCGGCAGGGCGCGGACCCGGGCGCCCGCGACCGGGCCGGCCGCACGGCGGCAGAGCUGCUGCAGGCGGCACUCAAGGGGACCAAGGACCGGCAGGAGGCCGAGCACCUCUCCAAGCUCUUGUCCCUCAUCGCCAAGCAUCAGCAGCUGGCAAACUCACAGCGGGACGCGGCGGCGGCGCGGAGGGCAGCGGAGGCGGCGGGCGCUGCCAAGGUGGCGGCUGCGGCGGCGCGGGCGGCGCGUGGCGGUGGCAAGAUGGGUCUGGGCGGCGGAGGCGGCCCCAAGAGCAUGAGGCAGCUGUACAAGGAGCGGUUCGGGGAAAGCUCGGAGGACACGGACGCCGACGACGGCCCCACCCAGUCCGAGCUGGUGUCCGCCUACAUGGCCGCAAUGGGCGGCAGGGCCACACCCGCACCCGGAGCCGCGCCGCUGCCAGCCCUGGCGCAGGUAACAGCUUCCGGCGCGGGCAUGGCAGCUGGGGGCAGCAGGCCGCAGACGCCACCGGCGGCGGCAGCCGUGACCGCGGCCGGGAGAGCGGUGGCGGUGGGGGCGGCGGCGCAGCCGUCCUCCCCAGCGCGUCUGGAUGCGGGCGCGGCUGCCACCAUGAUCCAGGCGGCGUUCCGCGGCCACCAGCAGCGACAGCAGCUGGCGGCGGCGGGCGUGCCCGUACGCGCCUCGCCCACAAAGAAGUCGCCGGCCCGGCGCCGCGGCGGCGGCGGCGGCGCAGGUGGCGGCGGCGGCGGCGGGACGCCGUUUGACCCGGCUGCCGUACGGUACGGUCCCGAGCACGAGGCAGCGGCGGUUAGGAUCCAGGCGGUACAGCGCGGCCGGGUGGCGCGGCGGCGGGCGGCGGCGCAGCGGCAGGCCGCGCUGGCGGCGCAGGCGCAGUUUGCGGCACAGGCUGGGCAGCGAGAUGCAGCUGCUGCUGCGGCGGCGGCGGCGGCGGUGGCGGCGGCGGCGCAGGCGGCGGCAAGGACGGCGGCGGCGCAGCAGCAACAGGCGCGGGGCCCGCCGCCGGUGCUGGGUCCUGACGGGCGGCCGUACGGCCCGCGGCAUCAGCAGGCUGCCACUCAGAUACAGGCCGCGUGGAAGGGGCGCAAGGCCCGCCAGGUGUACGACCGUGUACGGCAGGCGGCGGCGGAUCCUGCCGACGACCUGGAUCUGGUUCUGGACGAUGACGAGCUGGCGGCCAUGGCGGCGGGCGUGGCUGCCACGUCAGCGCCGCCGCCGCCGCCGCGCCGCCACCGCUCCAUGCGCACCUCCGGCUCACUGGCUCAGCGGCCUGUGGCUGAUGGUGCUGGUGGGGGUGCUGACGUCAGCGCUGGUACGGGUGGCGGAAUUGGUGGUGGCGGAAUCGGUGGUAUGGCUGCGCCACAGGAGCUGGGCGGUGGGGUCGCGGCGGCGGGCCUGGCGGCGGCGGGGACGCUGGGUGGCAGCGGCAUGGGAGGCGCAGGCACAGGAGGGGGCGGCGGCGGCGGCGCGGCGGGGCGGUAUGAGCGGGCUGGCUCUGACGGCGGCAACUCAGACAAAGUGGCUCCCAGCGUUGGAGGCUGGUCCGAGGCCUCCACCGCCGUCAGCCUGGGAGUGGAGUCCCUGGCCGCAGCCCCCGAGGCGCCGCCGCUACCCGACCGCAGGCCCGCAGCCGCCGCACGCUCCCACCAGCGCCAGGCCUCCUCCCGCCCCGAAGGCGGCGGCGCAGCUGCCAUGUCACGGCAGCUGUCCCGCAUGACGUCGUCCCGUGGGCCGCGGGCGGUGCCGCAGGUGGGCAUGACGGAGGACGGCCGGAUCGUGGGCGACCUGGGAGAUCUGGAUCUGUUGGAUCUAGAUGAUGAUGACGAUGGAGGGAUGGAUGAGGAUGAUGACGGGUCGCUGCCGUCCGGUGUGUUGAUCGCGGAUGGGGACGGGGGGCUGGACGGGCAGGGGGCGUUUGCGGUGGAGGACCAUGGCGGGGGCGGCGACGACGACAGCGUGUGGGGUUAGGGGCUAUGUUUGAGCUGUUGGUGGGGUUGUGUGGUGGUGUGGGGGGUAGGUGGGUGUGGGUAUGUAUGGGGGUUGUAGAUACCAGCCCGAACUAAACCGAACCCAAUUCGAAAGAGCGAGGAGGAGAGUGUGGGGAUGUGGAGGCUGCAUGACGCUGCAGCCAGCGGCUGGUCAGGCCCAGGGCGUGCGGCCAUGGGGAGCGGUCACAGGAUCUGGCGCAUUCGCGGCGCAUGUCAAACGCCCAACGGAGGGAGGCACGGGAUGCCUGCCCUGUAUGGCUGGACGGGAUACCCGUCCUUCCAGUGAGCAGUGCUCAUAUCUGCGUUCUGAACGGCGGUUGAAAGGAUUUUCGGCCAACAUGCACGGGAUUUGUGCCUUUGGGGGUCUUUCGGCAAACAGACGAAGGCAAUUAUUGGGAAUUCGGCCAGCAUGGCCGUAGCGCAGGGGUGCUCCAGCGGACCGUGUCCUGCGUGGCAUACAGUGGGAAGUGGGAACAUGGAAAGGUAGGGCAGCCUUACGCCAAAAGGGGGCUGGGGGCAAUAGCAACCGCACAGGCAUGCUGCAACGAUGUAACUGCUGAGGCGCAAACGUCAAUUCAACUAUG